UUGCACAUAUCGCUCUAUGCGAAGCGAACGCUAGUCGUGUGCGGCAAAACGUUUCGUCACUGGAUAUGAGUACCUUACCUACCCAGUUCGCUAGUGUUUUUUGGCCUGGUUCCGCCAUUAUUACUAAAAAAAAUCUUCAUUGUCAUUAUUUAGAUAAUAAGCAUUCGGUGAAACACGAGUGUUACACAGACAAACUCUAUAGACUGCAGAACUAGUGUGUGCAGAAAGUGUUUUGGAAGUGUAUCAUUUCCUGUUUCAUAUCGUAGAGAAACAAGCAACUGCGACCGCUAGCGUACUCUUUUCGUUAUCACGUGGGUUAAAUUUCGAAUUAUGGUGCUUUGUGUGUAGAAUUGUUCACGUUCCAUUAGAUAUAGUUAUCGGCAAUGUCAAUGUGUUGUUUGAAUAGAAAAAAACCGGUUCAUAACCCUUCAUAAACGUUGUUUUCAGAAGCGCGCCGAGUCGCUGUCUGCCCGCCGUUCUUUUUGGCUCGCAAUGGAACCGGCGGGGGACUGAUUGGCGUGGACAAUGGUGGCAAAGAGUUGUGUUUUAGUGAUAUUGAGUGUAGUGCCAGUGCUGUGAACUCGUUAUUAGUGUUACAUAAGGGCGAAAUGAACUGUUCGAGAAGCCCGCCCUGACGCGGCGAGCGCCAGCGUCCGCGGCGGGCGAGGUGCAGGUCAUGGCACCAGCAUUGUCCAUAGCACCCCGAGAGCCGCACAUCCACGACACCAACGGUCUUGGCGAAACAGAGAGGCCUCAGGCCCUCCGCAGACGGGCGCUUACGUCCGUCGAUAACCUUGUGACACACAUGGACGAAGAUGAUAUGGGGCUACAGAAUCAGCCCAGCCUUGCCAAGGACUCCCAGGAGAUGGAACAGAUCUUAGUAGAUCUGGGAAGCACUGAACUUGAGCAACAAGGAGAUUUGCUUCAAGCUAUAAAAACAAUGGAUACGGGGGCCGACGCGCUCUCUGGUGGCGAGGUCAUGUCGACCGACGACCCCGAGGCGAUAUUUCCUCUCUCUGGAUUCGAAUCUCUGCCAGAACCUGCGGACUCUGAGGGUGAUGCUAUGGAAGAGAAGAUUAAAACAGUACAGGUGAAACUAGAAAGACGAUGUUCAUUUUUACAAAGAAGGUUACGAAUAUUACAGGCCCGAGCAAUAGGUAAGAAAGUAUCUGAGGAAGCCACUCAGUCAUUUGAGAAGUGUACACGGGGUGCCCGAAGAGAUAGCGGUGGCGGUAGACAUAUGGGCCUGAAAACUUUCCUUAAGACUGUAGAGACUACUUCAGCAUUACAGGCCAGUGCACAAUCCAGGGCAGUUGUAGGUCCUAAAUAUUAUAAUCCUGGGACAUCUAAAGGUGAUGCAUCCAAAUCAGCAAGUAUUGGCAUUCCGUCCGGUACCCUGACAGGGCUGGAGGAUACGGCGGGGGCGCUGCGCUCACACCUGUCAGUGGUGAAGCAUGAGCUGGACUCUGAUGCCACACUGUCGUCUUCUGGAGCCGAGAGUAAUGAUGAGGCAGUCACAUACAACAAUCCACUUCAACAACAAAUGCCCAUUGAGAAGCGCGCCCUAUGGUCUUGGCAGCGAAAGCGCGCGUCGAUAGCUUCUCGUUGGUGCUGGCUGCAGGCUCAGGUGCAGGAGUUGGAGUACAGGAUCCGCCAGCACAAUGAGCUGCAUGCACAGGUCCGGGAGAACAAAGGUGCGGUGGAGUUUGAAGGCGAGCCGGUGGCCUACGAGGGCUCGUUACCGGGCUCCUCCGAGCCGCCCGACGACCAUCCCUCCCGGGAGACCUGUGCUCGCGUGCGGCCGCUGCGACGUGAGACCUUCAAGAAGAGGAAGUUGCUGCAGAUGCAUAACUUGCAUAUCGCCACUCAGAAGGCUGCCAAACCAUCUGAUAUUAAUUGCAGCUGCGAGCAGGGCAUGGAGAGCUGCGCGGUGUGCACGGGGCGCGUGGAGCCCACGCAGCCCGCGCCGCCGCUCUGCACCGUGCCGCCGCGACUCCGCAUCGCCGCCGUCGACCCCGGCUUCCAUCCCGUGCUUAGUGAUAUUAAAGACGUGCCAGCAUCCGUGCACAUGUCAGCGCUGGCCCCGCGCGCGUGGUUCCGCUCGCGCGUGGGCAAGUCGUGGCGCGGCGCGCACGGCGGGGCGCCGCGCACCACGCACGCGGCCUCCAGCGCGCACACGCCCAAACCGCUCAAGCGACAUCCCACACGGUCGAAAAGAGGUCGGCCGCCGCUAACGAAAAAGAUACGGGAGAGAGAAAGAGAUGACGAAACCUCAACAUCUGGCCAUGAAAGGUCCCGCGGUCGGUCGAGCACGGAGUCUCGCGGCUGGCGGCGGCAGUCGUACGACAUCGACAACAUCGUCAUCCCGCAGAGCGUCGCCGCUAACACGCGUCCGCAGAUACUCACAUACAAGGAGAUCAUCACGCCCAAGUGGCGAGUGCUGGAAAUACCGGACGCGCCGCUAAACAACGGUAUUUCCAAGUCCAACCGCAUGUCUAUUGAGAGUGAGGAGGAGGACGUGUCAGACGCGGCAGUGUCCCUGCGCCACACGCGGGCGGAGGGCCGCGAGCGAGCGCGGUACAUGCGCAAGCGACGAGCCCGCCGGGACACGCAGGAACAGAACUCGCAUCACGAGCAGCCGCCGCUACCCGCGCCCACACCGCCGCCGUCUGUACGAGUGCCCGACCCCACGCUACACGAGACUGUACGGCCGUACACGCCGCGUCAGUUCCCGCUGGGCGACGCGGCGUACCAGCACAUGGUGGCGGCCAUGCCGGACGGCUUCCACAGCCCCGCGUCGCCGCCGCCCGCCGACUCCGACACGUCGAGCCUGUCGCCCGCCGACGUCACGCCCUUCGACGGCGACGACCCCGACGACGCCGAGUGGGACCCGCGCCCGCACCGCAGCGACCGACGCAAGUCCUCCUUUAGAUGAAUUCCACACUACAUGGACUUAUCACUGGAUUUCGUAACUGUCCUCUUUAUUUAUGGGGAUAACUACUCUCAGAGAUGGUUCAUUUGUAUGCUUCACCAACAAAUUUUACGCUAUUGAAUGUGGAAAUGUAAUAAACCUAACUUGGCGACCGACGCAAGUCGUCCUUCAGAUGAAUUAUAACAAUUCGCCACUGGAUUUCGGGGACGACUGCCCUCAAAAGAGGCUCGUUUAUUUGCUUCACCAAGAAUUUUUUCGCUAUUGAAAUAUGUUGAAAUAUUGGAAAUACUAAUUGGAACUAUAAUAAACCUAACUUGUUGUAAUAUGAACAAGAACCGCAAUACGAAAUACAAUGGACUAAAAAAGCAUCCAAAUAGGUUCCUUUGUUUAAGAGCUCUUUUGCCACAGACAAACAUUAAUUUAACACCCCCCUUGACUAUAGGGUAUUAAAAAACUAAAAAUGUUACUAAUAAGCUGCGCAGGACGUAUUUAUAUUGCUCAGCCAGCUGCACAGAACAUAAUAGAACACAAGUGCACUCUUUCAAUCUGACACGACGAUGACUUCAAGACGCGACUUAUGUACGAAAUGUAGCGAGUGACGCCGAUCAAAGCUUCCCAGCAGGUAUUGUAAGCUUUAAAAGGCUCAUUGCCUACAUAAUGAUAAUAUAGUUUGUAAUAUCUUUUUCACUUUGUCAACUGAGUCGUCUAUACAAUCUAAGUGUUACGAUACUGACACGCGCGCCAGAAUUCAUGUUGUGAUUUAAAUAAUUGAUGUUUGCAUGCAUUUUACAGUAAAAUUCCCAAUCAAUAAUAAUUUAUUUCACUUACUAUAGAAUAGUAUACAAGUUCAAUCUGGAUGUUACAGGUCAUUGUAAUUUUAUAAUGAGGUUUAAUUGAUAUUGACUGGAUGUAAUGGAAUCUAGUUUAUAUUUGCAUUAUGCAUAACUUUUAAGUGAUUAAAAUUAGUUUAUGUAUAAGGUCUAAUGGUAUUGACAAUUGGUGUUUAUGUAAAAAAUACUUCCUAAUUCAAAAUGUUAGACAAUUUGUGUCAACACAGCAUUGCGCGUAUGAGAACUGUAAUCUAUUAGUUACAAUAUUCUUGUAAAAAUGUAUAGAAAUAUGGAGGAGUAAGUUCUUUUACGAUACGACUUACUAUAUGUGCUAUUAUUAAGAGCACCCAUCGUACAAUAAAAUAUUGCAAAAUGCAUUUGCUUGCAUCAUGAUUGGUAUUAUGAUACUAAAAAAAAUGAACUUAAUGUUAAUUUUGAGUUGUUCACUACAAACGGUAUUUUUAGUAACAGAGAGUAUAGCAACAUCUGUGGUACAGUUUCUAUUGCAAGUGAGCACACUUUACAUUCCCUUCAGUUCAAACGAUUUGUUAAAGUCGAUGUUAAAUGUAAUUUAACGAUUUUUAAAUACUGCUUUUUAAACUAAUAGAGUUAAUAUGAACGAUAAGUAUGUGUUCACGCAAAUAUUUGGCUACAUUUAAGUUGUAACUAGCCAUUCUAUUAAAAUUUAUGCCCAAUAGCCGCCAAGCGCUUGUAAAUAUUGACUUUUAAUAAUAGGGCACUGAAUAGGAACUAAUAGACUGGCUAUAAAUUAAUAAUUUGAAUCUCUUUAAGAGUGCGAAUUUGAUGUUUUAAAAUAAUACGAUCCUUGUUUUUGCUUUAUAAAUAAUUUAUAAUUUUAGUAUUUACCAUUGGUAAUAAUUGAAAUUCAUACUUUUUUUGUUCUAAUCACAGAGUUAAUGAUAAUUGCUUUACAUUUUAGAGGAGGAUUGGAUGGUUUAUAUAGUUUGGUCUAUGAGACAGGAAAUUAUUGACUGAGUAUUAAAUGUUAAUAUAAGAUUUAAAGAAUAAAAUCACUUGGUUUUUCUGUCACCAAUACUUAUAACGAAGCUCUUGUAUAUUUUUAUGUGGAAUAUAAUACUAUUCCUAGAUAUCCGUGUUUGUUGUCGCAUAGACUGCUUGGCUGACUAUACACACAUUGUGAAGGAAAAUGUAAAAUUUUAAUGAAGUUCGUUCAGUUUUCUUGAGGAGCCAAAGUCUUCUGGUUAUUUGUAAUUAAUUCAGGUAGGUUUAAGUUUUUUUUAAGAUGACUCUGUUCCAAAGAGUGAAUUGAGAAAUAUAGAAAUAAUAAACAGUC